GCGCAACCGGAAGUGACCGGACCCAAGGCGGAGCGACCCGGUGGAGCGGAAGUCACUCCGUGAGGUUGUGGAGACAGCGGCAGCGAGAGGAUGAACAACAAGUUCGACGCCUUGAAAGAUGAUGACAGUGGGGACCAUGAUCAAAAUGAAGAAAACAGCACACAGAAAGAUGGUGAGAAGGAAAAAACGGAAAGAGACAAGAAUCAGAACAGCAGCAAAAGGAAGGCUGUUGUCCCUGGACCAGCAGAGCAUCCCCUUCAGUACAACUACACUUUCUGGUACUCCAGGAGAACGCCCGGCCGUCCUACCAGCUCGCAGAGCUAUGAACAGAAUAUCAAACAGAUUGGCACCUUUGCCUCUGAUGACGCAAAUAAAAAUGGUGGCAAGUGGAUUAUUCGGCUGCGGAAAGGCUUGGCCUCCCGUUGUUGGGAGAAUCUCAUCCUGGCCAUGUUGGGGGAACAGUUCAUGGUUGGAGAGGAGAUCUGUGGGGCUGUGGUCUCUGUCCGCUUUCAGGAGGACAUUAUUUCAAUAUGGAAUAAGACUGCCAGCGACCAAGCAACCACAGCCCGAAUCCGGGAUACGCUUCGGCGAGUGCUUAACCUACCUCCCAACACCAUUAUGGAAUACAAAACUCACACCGACAGCAUCAAGGCCUGGGAGGAGUUUCAUGGCCUGGUGAACAGCAGCGGCCGCUGAUCGGACGCUCCCCCUCUGUCUCUCACACUCAGGGGACAAUUCAAGCUUUCGAAAUACAAAAAUCACAUUGUGAAAGUACACAAGCUGGCAAUAAUCCUUUUCUGUGUGUGUGUGUUUGUCCGAAAUGGAUGGGAGGCCUCCAGCCAGUCCUUCCAUCUGCUCACUGAAGGGACGUCCCUGAGCCGUGUGCUCCCCUUUUGCACUCAUUCCUGGAGGACGGAUUCCGCUAGACACCCUCCAGCAUCGCUGACUUUAUAAAGCGGAAAAACGGCAAACGUGACUUUGUAAUAGACAAACAUUGUUUUUUAAUGGGGUUCUGUGGGGGGAGUUCAGCCCUUCAUUUUGCUGUGUGCUGUCCAGAUGCCUCCUGGGCAUCCUGUCGUGCUCUUCUCAUGCUGUACGAAGGGCAGUGUGACCACGUGUACAUGCCAGAGCUGUUGGUGAGAGAUAUCAGUAUUAUGAAUGUCUGUGCAUCCAGGAAAAGCUUUCUGUUGGAGAGUCCCGGAAUAGCUGUAAAUGCUCUCUUCUAGCUCUGCCAUUAAAUUAUUGGGACAUUUUGUUUCUUUCUCUCCCCUCUUCCCCCAAGCCAACCACUUUCUGAAGCUAUGUUACUGAUGUGAUGAUUGUCCAGGAUUUUGUGUCAUCUCCUGCCUUAUGCCCUCCAGUCUUCCCUCCUAUGGGCUCUCUGCUUCUUAGGCACUGCUGCACUUAGAUUGUAAUCCAGCGGGUCGUGCUGGUUUCACUGUGGCGGCUUAGAGGGAAUUCCCUGGUAAGAAACCGGAGCAGAAUCCAGUUUGACCAGAAGCUAGCUUAUAACAUAGGCUCCAAGUACAGGAUUUGGAGCAGAGGGCAGUGACUGAGAUCAUUUUCCCAGAUGAGCAGGGCUGGUGCGUCAAGCCUGUUUCUGUGGGAUCUUGUAUGCCCCUCAUCGAGAAAAGGAAGCGAAGCUGGUUAUUACCAGGCCUGUUAAUAAUAUGUAAAUUCUAUGAUCCUAAAACUGGGACUUCUGAAGGAAAGGUGACCUUGCUGGAUGGCUUUAUUUGCAUGGCUGUGCCUGUCUGUGAAGGUUGGAAAACCCUACUUUCAGUCCUCAUCACCUGGUAUGUAUGUUAGCAAAUGUGUGCUGGUCCGUGAUGCCCAGACAGAAACCUCUUGAAGGCCACUGCAGGCAUGCUUUGAAAACGACCCAGUCACUUAUUAGAGAGGCUGGGUGAUCUCACUGCAGAAAGUCAGAGAGGUCAAAAGAGCACCUAGGAUUCAAAUAAGUAAUGAGUCAGAGUCCUACAGCAACCUCCAAGUAGCAUUUCUUACUCGGCUCUUGUGAGCAAAGAUUGCAGUACCUUAAAUUAAGGCCUCUCUUUAAAACAUAUCCUUGAAGGCUAGGGGAUCCUUGACAACCUGGUCUCAGAGAAAUCAUAUGAAAAUGGAAAGCAUUUCCUUAUUGUAUUUAUAUUACUCUCUUCCUGUUUUCCAACUCCUGAAUACCCCCUAAUUACCACUGUUUUAGGAUGCUUUUUCCUAAAAGAAUAGGGGAGUACAGGGGCCAAAAAGGAGGUGCUUCCAUUACAGGUGAAGUUAGAUCAGAUCAGAUCUUGCAGUGAUUUAAACUCCAGGAAUAUGAAGAAUGCAUUCUGGUGUCCAGACAAUUGUGAAGGGUUCAGGCAAAUACAGGAGCAAUGUUGGCUACAGUGGGGAGCAAAGGCUGCCUCCUGAGAUUUGUUUAGAUUCCAGGGAGGUCUUCACUUUUGCCUAUACUCAGAUUUGCCAUGAAAAUUCCAAAGAGAGCAGACGUUUGGAUUUGCCCUCUUUGGGGCAUCUACCUGACUGUUGUGUGUGUGGAUUGGGAUGCAUAUGUGUACAAUGUGCUUAUGAGUGAGGGUUUGGCCAGGCCCAGUGAUUAGGUGUAUUGUCUAUUGUUUUGCUUUUUUUUUUUUUUGGUUUAGAUUUUUAAGUCUUAUGUUUUCUAGAGCUGCUCAUGUUUUCCUUUCCUCUUUGUCACUGUAGUAUUUAACAGUUCUUUUCCCAUCAAAAAUAAGCUGACCCUAUGCUGGUUAGAACAAGGGGUUCUCCCUGUUAAGCAACAUCUUACCCCCAGUGUUCUCCCAGAUAUUCUGCCUAACAGCUUUAAAUGGGAGAUAGACUAGUCAGUUUAUCCAAAUCUCCUAUUUUUCUAAACUAGCUUGUGAGUUCAUUUAUUUUGACUCCAUGGGCAUCAUAUACUAAGAUGUGACACAAUUAUGGUUAUGGUAUCACCUGUUUUAGAGACAAAGGGAAAAAAGGUCUGCCGGGGCCAAAGUAACCAGCAUGCCAGGUUGCCACUGGAGAACAGGGAGUCAGUCUGUACUUUGCAUUGUCAGGGUUGCUGUCCCCUGACCCCUUUGCUGGGUUUUGUUUGAAAUUGGCCCCCAGUCCUCUCGAGUGCUCUUCUCUGUAUAUCUUUCUGUUUGUGUAUAUGUGUGCGUGCGUACGUGCAUGCGUGUGUGUGUGUGUGUGUGUGUGUGUGUGUAUGUGUUUUCCCCGUGACACUGGCAGUGGCAAUAAUUUUCCACCCAGAAAGAAGCUUGUGGUCUGCGAUGCUCCAAGAAUGAAUUUCCGAGUAUUUGCCAGUGGAGAAGGAGCAGAGGCUGUGACAAGAGUGAUUAGUGUUGCACUUUCAGAGCAAUUGUCUACUGCAGUAAUAAAUGGAAAAUAUCAGCAAGAACCA